AAAAAGUCAGAGCACCAAACCUUUUUUUACUCCAAUCCAACAGGUUUACAUCCACAAUUAGAUAAUUAACAUUUUUAUCUCAUAGAUGUUUGGGAUCUCCAAUCACGUGUCCGCUUUACACAGGUCGAUCCAAAGCAAUUUUCUCCAUUGCAAGAGAAGCCAAGAAUUUGUGACGAACUUGGUAUAAAUUAGUUUUGUUUUGACAAGAGAGAGACUUCUUUGUUUAAUUUCCAUGUGUCUGAGGAGGGAACGAAGAACAACCCCAGGGUGCUUUUCAUUGUUCGGACACCUCUUAGAUUCUCAGACAACUUGAACACAAAAAUAUUUCCCGAGUUCCAGGAUCAUUUUGAAGGAUACAAGGAAAGAGGAAUAAAAAGAAAGAACAAUGGCAUUCACGGGAACCCUGGAUAAGUGCAAGGCUUGUGAUAAGACUGUUUAUUUUGUUGAUAUGAUGUCUCUUGAAGGGGUGCCUUAUCAUAAAUCCUGCUUCAAAUGCAGCCACUGCAAAGGAACUCUUGUGAUGAGCAACUACUCAUCCAUGGAUGGAGUCCUCUACUGCAAGACUCAUUUUGAGCAACUUUUCAAGGAGGGUGGAGAUUUCAGCAAGAAUUUUCAGAAAGGGAAGCCCGAGAGGACUCAUGACCUGUCUAGGAUCCCCAGCAAGCUAUCUUCAGUGUUCUGUGGAACCCAAGACAAAUGCUCCGCUUGCGGCAAAACAGUGUACCCAUUGGAGAAGGUUACCAUGGAGGGAGAAUGUUACCACAAGACAUGCUUCAGGUGUGCUCAUGGUGGAUGUCCACUCACACAUUCAUCUUAUGCUGCUCUUGAUGGAGUCCUCUACUGCAAGGUCCACUUCGCUCAGCUCUUCAUGGAAAAGGGAACCUACAGCCAUGUCCUUGCAUCAGCUGCACACAAGAGAUCAAAUUCCACACCUCCUGAACUGGCCGAGUCAAACCCAGAGGAAAGAGCUGCUGUGGAGGAGGAAAAGUCAGAAGAGCAAUCAUAAACAAAGCACAUCAUGUUUUCUUGCAUUGCUAUCUUUUCAAGUUGCCAGGACUGCUUUGAGUUUUCAUGUUGUUGAAUAUUAUUGCCGGAUUGUGUUCAAAGUUUGUUUUUGGAUUUGACUAUCUGUGUUACAGAUGCCUUGCUACAGGAUAUUGAAUUGCAAUAGUUUUUACAAA